AUGACAGCAAUGGACAAAAUCCUGGAGACCAAUGAAUAUCAGCAGCACACCCCGGAGGCCCCACAUUUAUGCAGGGUUGACAUCGCCAUCUCAAGCAAACGAAGUGCCAUUGCCUGCCCAGGGAACACCUGCUUGUGGCCUAAAUCUGUAGAUGGUCACGUCUACAUUCCUUACAUCUUGUCUCCACAGUACAAUGACUUUGACAGGAUAAUCAUUGAAACAGGAAUGCAGGAUAUCUCCACUGGCACUUGUGUCCGAUUUGUGCCACGGACACAUGAGGCCAACUACCUUGACAUCCAGCCCAAGUUUGGAUGUUGGUCCUAUCUUGGUCUCAAUGGUGGUGCACAACAGCUGUCACUACAGACUCCAGGAUGUAUGUGGUCUGGAGUAGCCUCUCAUGAGCUCAUGCAUGCCCUGGGUUUUGUUCAUGAACAAUCACGAUCGGACAGAGAUGAAUACGUGACCAUCAUGUGGGAGAACAUUUUGAAAGAUCGAGAGCACAAUUUUGACAAGUAUGAAACUAAUAACCUGAAUGCUCCCUAUGACUAUGGAUCCAUCAUGCAUUAUGGAAAAUAUGCUUUCUCAGAAGAUGGCGCACCAACCAUCAUUCCAAAGCCAGACCCUAAUAUUUUAAUCGGGCAAAGAGAUGGUCCCAGCACCACUGACCUCAUGAAAAUCAACAGGCUCUAUGACUGCGGUGUGUAACACAAGCAAGAAGACUGACUUCUCCCUUUCUUCAUCUUCAUCAAUUGUUGGAGCUGGGAUGGUUACUGGUUUAAUUAGGCACCAGUGCCAUACUUCAUUAAAAAUUUUAAAACAAAGUAAAA